AUGCUUCUGAACUGCGGCCAGCCGCUGCCCCUGUUGGCGCACACCGACGUGCCCCCCCGGGUCAUCGAGAACUUCAUCCUGACCGGCUACCGCUUCCCCAACUACAGCCUGAGGGAGUGCCUGCUGUCGGCGUUCCGGCCCACCAACGAAACCGGCAACUUCUGGACCCACUUCCUCCCCGUCUUCGUCUUCCUCUACUACUUCGUGGAGGUGUUCGGCUGGGAGCGCGCCCCGGACAGCGGCGCGCCCUUCUUCUACCCGCUGUGGAACUACUUCAUCGGGGUCUUCUGCCUGCUCAUGGCCAGCAGCAUGGCCCACCUGCUCAACUCCAUGUCCCUGGUGGUGCGGGAGGUGUGCUUCUUCGUGGACUACGGCACCAUCAGCGCCUACACCGUGGGCUCCUCGCUGGCCUACUACUACUACAUCCACCCCCGGGCCGGGAUCGUGGAGCCCGGAGGACCUCGGGGGUCGCCGGACUUCAGCCUGUUCUUCGAUAGCCUCUACAUCCCGUCGGCCUGCGUGGUGGCCAUCAUCUGCGUGCUGUCCUGCUGCAACACCCGCCAGCGGUGGCGGGAGCACCGCUACGUCAUCCGCACGCUGGUCUUCCUGCUGCCCUUCCUGGUCUCGUCCUCGCCGGUGUUCUACCGCCUGCUCCUCUGCCGCUCGCCCUGCGCCGCCGGCACGCCGGGCUACUUCUACCGCCACUGCCUGUGGCUGCUGGUGUCGGCGCUCUUCAACAUCAGCAAGCUGCCCGAGCGGCUGGCCCCCGGCCGCUUCGACAUCUGGGGCCACAGCCACCAGUGGUUCCACUGCUGCACCUUCCUGUCCAUCCUGGACGAGCUGCACAUGAUCAAGGCCGAGGUGAGGGCCAUCCUGCUGGACCCGGACCUGGGCCUGCCGCCCGCCGGCCCCGCCCGCCUGCCCGGCCCCACCGUGGCCUCCACCUACGGCGUGAUGCUCUUCCUCCAGACCACCAUCGUCUCCAUCAUCGCGGGCUUCUCGUGGCGCGCCAACCGGAUCUACGGGCCCCUGAGGGACCAGCUAGAGAAGCAGCACCCCGAGAGGAACCCCAAAGCCCACCUGUCCUAA